CAGUGUUGGAAUUCUCUCUCAACAGUAAUGAUGGACAACUGUCGUGACACAAAAUUAUUGAUUAAAAAUACAAAUAAAUAAAAAAAAUAGUCAUUUUUAUAUGUGUAUAUUUAUAGAGAGUUUUUAAAUAAGAAUGAAUUGGGGUUGACCAUGUAUACAAGGUGAAACAGUCCACAAAACGACCAAAUUAUCAACAGAAGCUUUAUAAAGCGUUCAUUGAUUUUGAAGGGUGAUCGAACAAUCAUCACAAACCCUCGUGCCUAUCUGACGUCACUUCUUUUGAAAAGGACAUAAAAGCAAAAUUGCAACCAUAUUCAUAACAUUUUAAAAGAUAUAACUUUAAACAUAAAUGCCACAAAUAAUUGAACAAUACGUGAGAUCCAAGCUAUUGGAAAUCUCGCCGCUCUAUAAUUUAAACCGAUUAGAGUUUAAGAAUGAAAGAACCAAUGAGCAUGCGUAAAGCACUUGUAAAAGAGUCGUCUGCUUUUGAACUGGAUUCGAUCUUGUCAGACGAUAUUGAAGCGUUGAGAAGGCGACUACCGGGUAGUAGGAUCUUGGUAUCAGCAAAAUACAACCGACGAACUAAUGUCAAGAACCAUUCAGUUAAAUUUAUCAUACCUGAAACAAAUAAGCAGACGACAAGUGCAUUAGGCAGACGAGAUUCUGGAAACUGGCUUACGAAUAGUGACAAUAGUGUGGAAGCGAAUGGAACUGAUUUUUACCGCCGGAACUCAGAAUCUGGAAGUGCUGGAAACUCGAGUGGACCAUCCGAAGAUGUCCAUGACAGGUGGCCGGACUAUUUUUCCGGGUCAAGAAGAAUGAGUGCGCCGGAACUGCCGCCAAUCAUUACUAACUCUGCGAGGAAAAACGGAAUACUAAUAAACGGAAUUUCUCGCGCUGGUACUUUUCAUAAUUACAAAUUUAAUUCGGAAUCACGGAAUAAACGGAAGAGUAUUCACAGUGAUUCGUCUAUACUUGGGUACGGACUAGCAGCCCCGAGUAGGACAUCCUCCUCGUCGUCCCAAAAAAGUCGAGGCCGAGUUCUGUCGGCCGGUGCCCACCGACAAAUCUCGGUAGAUUUUCCCCGGGAACAGACAUCCACGAAACAAGUCAAGACGGACCAACCCGCCAUGAGAAACGGACCCACGAUCCUCGCCACUCCUAGAACGAACGGCGGCCAACGGAAGUCGAACGAUAAAGACGUCAUGUCUACGCCGCGUAAAAUACCAGCAAGCAAGAGCGAUGCGCAGCUUACGUUACCUGCUGGUUUGACCUUCGGUCACAUGCGGAGAAAUAGCUCGGACAGAAGUUUUAUAGACACUGCAAAGAAAUUUUCAAAAGAUGUUCAAAAUAAUAAUUAUAAUAUCAAGUCGAACUUGAAUAACAACAACAAUCAUAAAACACCAUCAAAAGCGAGAAGUCAAGUUAAUACAGUGAAUGGACUUCGGAAGUAUUCGUCAACACUCGGACUUGACACGAAGGCUGACGUACGAUCCGACGGAAGUGUUCCGGAAAAUGCCGACGGCUAUGAUUCGGACAGUGACAAUGAUAAGAGUCAUCGAGUGAUUCAAUGGAUUAUCGGCGUGAACGAGGUUGCCGAGCCUCCGGAAGAGCCGCUCAUCGAGCACGUGGACGAGCCACCACAGAGGGACACGGCAAUACGCAUUGUGUACAGUGGGGACUCUUGAAACCAGGUCGUCCGUAGUAACCAUGGUGAAGCGACAACUGUUUGCAGAGCGACUUUUGUUCGUUAAACCCCGUUCAACUGCAGUUCACGACGUGUAUGGACGCCAUAUUUAUUUAAAGUGCAUUACGUCACAUAUUUUUUUAGUGACGCAAUUGACUGAAUGCCUCGAUCAGAACUCUGACGUCAUAAUGAACGUCUCUACACAAUUUGUCGAGCAGAGAGCUCUGCUCUAAAAAUUAACUAUGUUUUAUUUGUAUAAAAAUGUUGUUCUUGCGAUGUUUGUCAAGUGUGAGAGUUAUUUAGACAUUGAUACAAUUCAGUAUUUAUUAAACUAACCAUAGUUCACAUAUUUUCUUUACAGAAUAUCGAGGGCUUAGUGCAAGACUGUUGAAAUGACGUCAAUAUCUUUAUUGAGGUAAAGCAUCUUGCACUAAGCCCGCGACUGCUGUUAUCACCGCAAUUUUCAAAACAAAUUAUUUUUAGUUCCAUAUUAUAUAGAUGCAAAACUUUCUUACAACUAUUUACCUAUUUAAACCCUACAUCUUCAAGUAUAAGGCUAGCUGUAUCCGCGUUAACUUUUAUCUUUAAGCAUAUAAACAUGUCACUUUCAAUAUGCCUCAUAAUGUUUUAAACAGGAAAUCGGCAAUUUGUUCGGCCAUUUUUUUUAUUUUACAUAUUAGUAAAAAGAAAGAAAUACGCUUUCUUGCGGUACUGACGCUAUUAUAAAUAAGUUAGAUGGGGUCACAAUGCAUUAGCAUUUAUCUAAUUAGUAAGAAAUAGCCUUUCAGGCCAACACUAAAAAAAAAUAUUAUUUUUUAUCGACACUCAAAGAAUAAGGACGGAUUUAGAACUUCUUUCUUUUAAAGAUAUAUUUUUUUCCUAUCAAAAGAUUCGCAAGGGUAUACAGUUUUAACAGUUUAUUUCCAAAUACAUCUAGACAGAAAUGCCCAUGCGUAUACAUAAUAUAUUAACAUAUGGUAACGUUUUUAGCUUUUUUCUAGCAGUGAAAUGUUGAAAUAUUUAGCACAAGCGCGAAACUGGAUUUUAAAUAUAGUGUAUCGGAGAAUUUCGAAAGUUUGUUAAAUUCGCGGUGAUGUUUACAUGUUGUUACGAGCACAAUAUUACAAAUAUCUUCAACAAAUAUUGACCAAGGGAAGAAAAAGAAUGUCAAUCGACGUCAGCGACAUGUAUAAUGGAAAUUUGAGUGACUAUUACUUUUUCAGUGUUGUGCAGUUUAAGGUCGCUUUAUAGGUGACAACACUGGCGCAGCUUGCGUUUUCUUAACUUUAUUUGUAAUGUCAGUGUCACUGUGUCACACGUGAACACAAAUAACGCACCGAACACAAAAAAAACCGUCCAUUGUUCCUAUGAUAAGAUGUUAAAAAUAGACAGUACUUGACAUUCGACCCGUAAAUUGAGAACCGGGUGCAUUAUAUUCAUACAUGGAUCAGCAGUUAAUUUCAAUAUUAUUUUUAUCAAAACCAUUGAAUUUUUUGGAUAAUGGUAAUUUGGUUUUUUGUUCAUGCCAACUUAACCAUUCUAAUUGCCGACAAUGACCCGCAGACUGGGACUUUUCAUGCCAGCGCAACCAAGGACAUUCGAACCCUGAAUCUUUUCAAAAUUGUCUCGGUUAUUUAGAUCGGAACAAUUUGAAGAGAAAAGCAAUCAGUCGCCACUAAUGAGGUGUCACACUCUGCUAUAUUUAAAUAUUUGUAAAAGUCAUAAGGAUACAAUUACAUUUUAAGGACACACCGUUCCAAUAUGUGGAAGGAAUCGCGUGUUUAGAAGUUCUUAAGUCGAGGGUGAAUUGAACACUUAAGAAAUGGCACCACAAGUGCACGAGUUCUCAGAAUCGCACUCAAAAUCUUAAUUAAAAUCCCUCGCCCUUGUGUUUUCAUUUUAAAAGCUUUACAAAUCAAAAUCUUUAUCGAUUGCUUGUUUCAAUGACAGGUCACUGGUGCAGCUACUAUCAAAUAAAUACAUUUUUUGACAAUAUUUACAUGUUAUAUUAUACGUUUCUGAAACUGUUCUAUUUAUUUAUCAAUGAUUAUUAAAUUUAACAUGAACCAGCUCUAUCGAAAUGGGACGCUUACAACUUAAAAAAGUUACGCAUUUUUCUACGGUGGUUUAAGACGCCCUUUGGUUUAAGACACAACACUUGUAUUAUUUUAUAGAAAUUAAACGAAAGUAAAAAAAGGUCAACGUAUACUAAUAGUUGCUUACAUUAUAGUUAUUUAGAACUAACAAUUAGAAAAACUUUUGCUAGAAAUGAUGAUAGGGGUAUCUUUUAAGAAAAUUUAUAAACUGUUUUCUUAAUAAAGGCCCUUUGAAUUAAAUGAUCUUAUCUAUCACAACUCUGAAAAUUUUCUAAGAUAUCUUCAAAACUAUGUUAUGUUUUGUUGUAAACAAUUCUUUGACACGUGUAUGUGUUUAUAAUGUCACAUGAUAGAUGGUUAUUCUAUGAUUGUGAUUCUUGUAGAACCAUUUUCAGGAUAACCAAGCCUUUUAGUAUGGACAAACAAUUUCAAAUCGUAUCCAAAAUUUUACACAUCUUAUAGUAUUAGCUUCACCAUUUUCUACCUAACCAUAAGAUUAUUCGACGUGCCAAGAGUGGGUAUGAACUUAGAUGUCUGUUCUGUUUAUGUUUUUUCCUUAUUGUUUCCAUGCUUAGUUUAUUCCAUUGGUUUAUUGACUAUUUUUAUUUCCAUGCUAUAAAAUUUACAAACCAUAGGCGAUAGUAUCUGUCUGAGAUUAUGAGAGUCUUGUUUUUAUAGAUUUGUAUAGAUAUCGUAAGCUAAUGCAUUUCAAUUAAAUAUAUAGCGGGUCAGGGUCACAGAAUGAAUUAAAAUGUUAACAAACAAAUUCAAAUAAACUUUGACUUAACUGACAAAUCCCAUAAAAGUUAUAAGUUGCAAAAUAGACUUUACAUCUAAUCAGAAAUAUCGCUUCCAAAAAGCGAUCGUAUAAAAGUGUGUUGGUGACAUGACCUCAUAAAAUAUUUAAGAAUAAUUAAUUAUGCAAACUUUUUUAUACACCAUCUCGGACCGAUACUGCCAUGUACGAUAAAAACAAAAUAAAUACAAACUUUCAAAUUGUCAAUAUAUAUCUGAGAUAUUUCAGAUUAAUCUUUGUUUGAACAAAACUCAUUUGUUUUAAAGAAACGUAUACAAAAAGCUGUACUUUAAGGAUCAUGGAUAAGUUUAGUGACAUACAUGUAUUAUUUGUAUAAGUGUAAAUAUUGGUUGAAAAUGUCUGUACAAAUACUGUUUUAAGCGAUUUCAGCAGACAGCAUGUGAUUCAUUUGUCUUUCAAACUCUUGUGUAAGUGUUUAGAAAUCUGCAGGUGCAAAUCUUCGAGUGGAUUUUGCAGACAUAUUCGUAAAAUUAAGCAUCUCCCUUGAAGGCUCACUGGGGCUGUAUUGUGUAUAUUAUUGACAAACGGAACAUCAUAAUGAGAAAAUAUAAUUAAGUCAAUACUCUAUUUUCAAAUGAUGUUAAUUUAUUUAAUCAUUAUUGGAAUGUUACACGUUUUCCACAUGCAAAGCUCGGGUCAAUCUCGGACAGGUAUUCAUAAAAAAUCUUAUGCCAUGUGAUACAAUUACACGAUUAUUUCUUAAAGCCUUUAUUUGUAUUGACUUUAUUACAAACAUACAAUUUUAUGUUAACAACACCGUAUAUUAAUACACUUUUCAAUACACUUUUCUUAUUUGACGAUAUAAAUUCAAAUAAUUGACUUAAAUCAGUUCAGAAAUGACUUACGAUGUUUUAUGAAUACCGGCCACUGUUUUUUUACGUUUGAUGAAGGCCGAAUGUUGUUAUUUAUUUCUAUAUUUAUUUUAUCUGGUCAAAUGCAUGCUAUUGUUGUUGAGAUGCUAUUAUUGAUGGAAGUAACUUUAAUUGCAAACUCAAAUUCUAUUUAUUGAUGAAUCUUCAAUAAAGAUUCUC